UGACUACGGUAAUGAUACGUACGGAGUCGGUAUACAGAUAGCGACGAAUAACUUACAGAUCGUGCUUUGUUGGUGUCCCGAGCUAAGAGCAAGGCCAAGGUUUCUCACUUUCUGUGUGGCACGAGAUGAAUCAGCCAACUAGAAAUGGAUACCAACCAAACCUCCAUCGGUGGUAACAUGUUUGUUCACAUUUCAGCAAACCCUAGUCCAAUAUUUCAGGUAACGCUCUCUCCAGUUCCAACCCGGCAGGGAACUGUGUUGAUGCAAAGCCCUGGUCCAGUAGCUCAGGUUAACCCUUCACCCGUUCCAACACAGAAACAGACUGUUGUCAAUGUCAUUCAAAGCCCGGGCCCAAUGGUUCAGCUAAACCCUUCUCCAAUUCCAACUCAGAAACAGACUGUUGUGAUGCAAAGGCAUGAUCAUAUCUCUCAGGUAAACCCUUCCCCUGUUCCGACCCAGAGACAGGCAAUUGUGAUGCAAAGUCCUGGUCCAGUAGCUCAGAUUCAUCAUUCACCCGUUCCAUCCCAGAAACAGACUAUCAUGAUGCAAAGUCCUAGUCCAAUUGUUCAGGUGAACAUCUCUCCUGUUCCAACACAGAAAGGGACUGUAAUGAUGCCUAUUGCCAAUGCCACCCAGAACUUCAGCCCUACCCUGCCUGUGCAGAAACAGUCAAGUAUCCCUCUCCAACUGUCAACCUCCUCUGGGAUCAUCCUGGCAACAAGACGGGAUGGCAUCCCUGCUAGCAGCCUUCAAGGAGCAGAGAAGGGCAGAAUCUCAGCCAAUGUAGCAAGAAGAGAUCUGGAUGCAACCACCCCAGUCAAUUUGUCAAGUGAGAAAGGGAGGAUGAGUGCCUUGGGUGUUGCUAUGGUAUCAAGAAAAGAUGUUGAGCCAGGUGAAGGACAUCAUGAAGAGUCAAGACCUAACAUGUCUAGGUUGUCCAGUGUGCUGAACUCCCUCUCUGAUCAGGACCAAGCCAGCAUGGAUCUUGAAGUACAGUCUGUCAUGUUUCCAGAGAGCAGAGGCCUUCUACCAACAGUAAAGAGGAUCUGUCCAAGUAGAUCAUCAUCUUCAAGUAAAGCAUCAAGCAAAUCUAGCUAUUCACCAAUGAGGCAAUCAACAUCUUUCACCAACACAAAAAGAGGCAAUAUCCAAACUACCACACCUACAUUUCCUGUAGUUGAUCAGAGUAUCCACCAACUUGCAGCACAGGGGGAGUUGGCAUUGAUCGCAGAAAAGCUUGAAACCGGGACAGAUAUUGACGAAACCGACCCGUUGGGUCAUACCGCCCUCUCUUGGGCUUGCCAGCACAAUCAGGCGGACAUGGUACGGUUUUUACUGGAGAAUAAUGCAGACCCAAGGAAGGCCAGUUUAGAUGGGGAGACAAGUCUUGCCUUUUCAUGUAGCAUUGGAAAUGCAGAUAUAGUCCGUAUGCUACUGCAAAGGAAAGCUCCUGUUAAUGUCUUUGACUAUAAUGGAGGCACCCCAUUGGUGUAUGCUGUUUAUCACAACCAUCCUAUCAUUGUUAAGAUGUUAUUAGAUUCUGGAGCAGACAUGACGCAAGAGAUGGAAUCUGGCCACACCCCUCUCAGUCUGUCUAUGGUAAUGGGUCAUAAACAAGUUCAGAGAGUGAUAGAGCAACACAUGCUAUCAUUGCUUCAGAUCACGUAGAAACAGACAGACAAUGGGACAUCGCUCAAAGACAUUUGCCAGUGGUUAACCUGCUCCUGGAAACCCUUCAGGAUUGAGGAUACUGUGCUUUGAUGAACAGGGAAGCAGUUCAUGAAACAAGCACUCUGUGACUUCCUCUGAUCCUUACAUCUGAUUGGCUUAGAGCAAAUUAGUCAGUACAAAUCACUGUGAAACUUUUCAUGUAACGCUUUGCCAGUGGCUAACCUGCUUCUGGAAACCCUUCAGGAUUACAGGAUACUGUGCUUUGAUGUUCUUAGGAAACAUUUCAUAAAACAAAUAGUCAGUGAUUUCUCACACUAUUGUUAAAAGCUACUGUGAAUCCUUAUAUCUGAUUGGCUUAGAGCAAAUUUGUCAGUGAAAAUCACUCUUAAAACUUUUCAUGAAAUGCCUCAUGGAUUUUUGACUCGAGGAGGGUCUCUUAAGAAUAGGCUACAUUACUUCAGGAUAUGGCAUGGAGAGUCCAUUGUGGAGAAUUUCUUUAUUUUCAGUGUAUUCACUCUGAUAUUGACUUUGGUUCUGAUGACCAGGGGAGCAUUUCAUCAUCAUUUUUUCUGACAAGUUUUCAGAUCUGACAACUUUUUCAUAUUCUGAUUGGCUGAGAAGCACAGUUCCUAUGGUAACUGUCAGAUAAAACAUCUUGACAAAUCCUUUCAUGGAGCACUUCGCAGAGGAUCUGUUGCAGAAACAGUUGCGAUCAAAUGCAACCUCAAGGAUCAAAUGCAACUUCACAAUUAGCUGAUAAGAACUGUAUAUUUAGGACUUGCACUUCAUUUUUUUUUAGAACACAACUUACUUUGCAACAGGGUGUUGUCCUUCAAGGCCUAAACAAGGUAAUGGAGACCUACUUAUAAGUGCAAUAAUAACAAUACCAUGCCAUUUGCUAUUCAUAACUAGUAAAAAUUUAAACAAGAAGUGAUGUUUUUAUUUCUCACCGCAGUUUGAUGUGUGGAGUGACUCUUUGUAGUCAAACCACCCCCCCAUCCUCUUUUUUACAUCGCCCAUUCGCCCCUCUCUCAUUACAACCAGCAAGGUUAUAUUAUGACUUUCUAUAUCUGUUUUCCUUGAUUUUGUUUUGAUGUUUAUUUCCUGCUGGUCAAUAACAAGAACUUGUUUUGCAAGUUCAUAACCAGGAAAAACUUUCGCUUCCUGUAAAUUGAUUUUGUUGAGAGCGAAAUUGAACCUUUUAAUACAGCUUGUUGAUAUGCUGAAUUUCUUAGUAAAUAUCACGAAAUAGUCUUUACCUGGAAAUAUUACUUACUACAAUACAGUGUUGAGUACAGUGUUACUAAUAACUCAAAGUCCUAUCCAGUUUUAUACUUUUGAAGGAUGAUUGCCUUGUGAGAGGGUUCGUUGGUAGAGUAUGCAAAGAAUAUGAACAGAGUUUUAAGCCAAGAACCUUCUAAUUUAGAAACCUUAUUAAUUCAAGAAGGCCAUAUGAUCUGAAGGUACGGUACUGUCACAUCGUUCAGUAUAAGCCUUGCGGGUGAUUGCCCGCAACUUGCCCGCAACAAAGGCUUGAGCAUGUUCAAAACUUGUCUGCAUGCAAAUCAGACUUGCGUGCGCUUCUGCAGGGAGCUGCGUGUGAGAUACUGUCAGUGCGGGCGACUUGCGGGUAGCAAAAAUAGUCACCCGCAACUCACCCUCAAGGCUUGCAAGGAACAAAUGUGACAGGGUCUUUAGUUUUUACUACUCCUUGAGAUUGAAAUAUCAUUGCUGUUUGUCAUGAGGAUUAAAGGCACUUUACUUAAUGCUUUCACUGGGACCAGAGUGCAUAUUAUAAAUCACAAGUUAGUAAUAAUAAUAAUCCGAUUUUAUGUAGUGCUUAGUACAUGGGAACGACGUCUGUAAGCACUUUACAGAUAUUUUUUAGUUAGUUAGUACUCAAUUAUAUGGAGUACGUACCUCUUGCUAAGUCAUAUAUUGGGCAGAUUUUGACAAUUAUAUGAAAUGGAAAAGUGCCCCCAAGAGUCAAUUUUUAUUUUGCAAUUGGACCAACCCCCUCCCCUACAUAAUUACAUUGAAUAGAAUUUCAAUCUCUGUGGGAGAAAUUCAUGUGCAGACUGAAUAUCUGUUUGGUCAGGAGACCUCUGCUAGCCUUCAAUUACUCUUUUGUAAUGUAUCAGUGUGCAAUUGAAAGGGCCAAAUUUAUUUUAUAAUAUGGACCCAAGUUUCAUCAGCUUCUUAGAAGAAAGACGUUACUCCAAUUGAUAACACUUUGAUAAUGCUUUGGACCUUUUUGACAUUCAGGAAGCUACUGUCUAUAACCUAUAACUGGAAUUAUAUAUAAAAACAAAGGGAAAGAAAUUUGUGCAAUCUGAGGGAGAAAGGGAUAGUGAGAGACAGAGGGGGGGGGGGGUGGGCAGUCUGGGAUAAGAGAGUCUGUCAAUCAUAUACAUAUAUGACUAUUGAAACCUGAUCAGUAUUUCUAUUAAUGUGUCAACUAGUCAGUAAACUUUUCAAGGUAUGAAACAUGUCUUCUUUAGAAAUGUGCUGGUAAGCUCAAAUAAACCCUUCCUUGAAAUUUGUUCCAUUGGCUGUCUUGAUAAGGAAGGGGAAAUAUUGUUCUGAAUGUUGAAAUUAGAAUAAGCAAUGGACUGCAAAAAGUGCAAAAUACUGCAAAUAUAUGUAAGUUAAGUUGAUUUCAAGAAACUUGUUAUUGAUUUUCAUGAUAUACAUGUAAUUUUGGUUAGGGUGUGGUUUUUCAGUCAGCAAUAAGGAAAAAGUGGGGGGUACUACUAUCUAUUAAUACUACCACUACUAUUACUGCUACUAUUAGUACUACUACUUCUAUUUCCAUUGUUGCUUCUACUACCACUAAUGCUACUAAUUAAAUAUGCAGUAAAAAUGCUGUUUAAAAUCAUUACUAAUAAUAAUAAUUAUAUGAUCCUUACAAUAGUUGAACAGUUUAAACAACCAUGAUUAAUUUAUUGAGAAUUAAAUAUUAAAAAGCACUUUUACUGCAUACUACUACUUUUUCUUUUUCUCAUAAAUGUGUACUGGUUCCAUUUUAUUUGUACUACUGCUGGUCAUUGCUACUUGCUCUGUUACUGAUUUUACUUCUACCUACCAUCACCACCACCUUUUUACUAUUUAUUUGAACAAAAAUGUGUUAAUUUUUGUUCCUUCAUGUGAUCACAGGAACAUUAAUGUACAUCCUUUCAGUUUUUUAAAACCUCAAAUUCUUCCGGAAGAGCAUUAACAUGUGAUAUCAGUUCACAAUGAUUUUGAACAGUUUCAAAUUCCUACUAGAAUAUUUCAUGAUAGCUUACUUUAGUACAGUAUCAAUAAUUCACUCACAAAAAAAAAGAAUUCAUCCAAAACUAGCGCACGAAAGUGACAAUAAAGAACAAUGAAAGAGAAAGGAUAUGAAAGGGUUAUUUGUUAUAAAUGAUCAGUUUCUAAAAUGUAUUUUCAUGUUUUCACAUGCUUUAUUUGUAUGUGUUAAUCAUCAAUUAAACCAGGAUACAUUGUCAGGAAUAAUAAUAUUACUGGUACUGUCCUCAAAUGUUUGUUUUUUAUUUCUUCCUGUUAAUACUCGUUUCUUCUGAUAAUAUAUAUUUAAUAGCUUUUCGUGUCAUAUAUGUUAUCUUUUUUUUAAUCCAGCAGGCUGGAUUUUGAUUUCUCUCUUAAUUUUAUCACUAAGAAUGUAUAAGUAUUGAUUUAUUUAUUGUCUAUCAUGAGUACAUAACCCUGCACAUAUCUUUUUAGGAGUAGGAUCCAUUCAAUAUGUGCAUUUGAUUCAUUUUGCAGGUUCUUGACUUUAACAGUGUUUUACCUGAUUUUCUUGUAUUCGUUUUACACAUACAUAGGUUCAUAUGCAGGUUCAUCAUUUUAGUUCUGUUGUCAGUUUCUUGCACAUAACCAUUCAUCUUGAUUUUAUAAUUCUUUUCAACUUGCCUUUUGAAAAUCUGUAAAUUUUUCCCACUUUUUAUCCCACCAUCAGGUGCAUGCAUUAAUCAGGCAUUAUGUGGCAUUUUAUUUCUAUGAAAUACAUGUAGUUGGAUUGAUAAAUUUUAUGAAUACAUAAUGGCAUAUGUACAUGUAGUAUAUUUGGUCAUACUUGUAUAAUGAAGGAAGUGUUUGGUUGUAUACAUUGCCUGACUUUCAUUUUCAAGAUUAAAGAUGUUAAUUUGUAUGUAAAAUUAUACAGACAGGCCUUGAUUAACUUGAGUACAUUGUGAAUGUUAAUACACAUCUUUCAAAGUUGAUAACCCCCCCCCCCUCCCCUGAAGAAAAAAGUGUCUGUCUCUGUUCCAGAUCAUUACUGCAUUAAAUGAUCAUGUAUUACCGGGGCCCGGUUCAUAAAUCUUGUUAUGAUAACAUAUUUGCAAUAACAGAUAAAAGCUACUGAAAUCCUUCAA